CUGCUGCACCCUGGUGUCCCUGGUGCGGAUUUCGCAGUUGCUGCGGUGGAAGUGAUGGUUAACACGUAGCCGGCGUUCGACGUGUCCUAGCCUCCCAAGUUCAGGUGUGCAGCGAGACAUUUGAUAAUUCGUUGCGCCCCGCUCUCGACUCGCGCACGGGACCGCGGGUGUUUUGGAGGCACAUAUGGCGAACGCGCCACGUUGUGAGUAUCGAUAAUAAGCGGAUAUACAUACGGUGCGUCGCACGUUUUAACGCGCUCGUGACGGACGCGGGCCAACGGGAGAACAUGUUAUCGAACAAGUCGUCGUUGUCGUCACAGCAGCAGCAAUUGCCCUCGUCGUCCUCUUCGUCGUCGUCCUCUACGUCGUCAGCCAACGCGAAGGUCAUGUUUCCCGAUAAGAGAUCGACGACCAAACAGAUGAAGUCCUCCACGCUGACGAACGCCGCUGGCCUGAGCUCCCUCAUCACCUUCACCGUUCUCUUGCUUGCUUGGAUCUCGGGUUUCGCCUCGAGACUUUUCGCGGUCAUACGCUUCGAAAGCAUCAUACAUGAGUUUGAUCCCUGGUUUAACUACAGAGCGACAGCGUACAUGGUUCAACAUGGAUUCUACAAUUUUCUAAACUGGUUCGAUGAACGGGCCUGGUAUCCGUUGGGCCGGAUCGUUGGUGGAACCGUCUAUCCUGGACUUAUGAUAACAUCUGGAUCAAUACACUACAUACUACACUCUCUGAAUAUCCCAGUGCAUAUAAGAGACAUAUGUGUAUUUCUAGCUCCAAUUUUUAGUGGCCUUACUGCCAUAUCUACAUAUUUAUUAACGAAAGAAAUAUGGAGUGCUGGGGCCGGCUUAUUCGCCGCUUGUUUCAUCGCCAUCGUACCUGGCUACAUCUCGAGAUCCGUAGCUGGGAGUUACGACAACGAGGGAAUCGCAAUCUUUGCAUUGCAAAUUACCUACUACCUUUGGGUUAAAUCAGUCAAAACUGGCUCAAUCUUUUGGGCGAGCAUAACUGCCCUAUCUUACUUCUACAUGGUAUCAGCAUGGGGAGGCUACGUGUUCAUUAUUAAUCUGAUUCCACUCCAUGUGUUUGCCUUACUGAUCAUGAAUCGCUUUAGCAAUCGAUUGUUCACGAGUUACUCUACGUUUUACGUUCUUGGACUUCUAUUAAGUAUGCAGAUACCAUUUGUUGGUUUUCAGCCGAUUAGAACUUCUGAGCAUAUGGCAGCUAGUGGUGUAUUCGGUCUGAUAAUCUUUGUGGCAGCUUUUAGAUACUUAAGAACUGUACUUACCAAGUCCGAAAUGAAAUAUUUCGGUGGUGUGGUGGCUGUAACAACUACUAUGCUGCUAUUAAUUUUGAUCGUCUUAACGUAUACUGGCGUUGUCGCUCCUUGGAGUGGUAGAUUUUAUUCAUUGUGGGAUACCGGUUAUGCCAAGAUACAUAUCCCUAUAAUAGCAUCUGUAUCGGAACAUCAGCCGACAACUUGGUUCAGCUUUUUCUUUGAUUUGCACGUUUUGGUUGCAUUGUUUCCGGUUGGUCUUUGGUACUGCAUUACACAUGUCAAUGACGAGCGUGUUUUCGUUGUACUAUACGCCAUAAGUGCCGUUUAUUUCGCUGGUGUGAUGGUAAGGCUUAUGUUGACUCUGACUCCGGUGGUGUGUAUGCUGGCCGGAGUCGCUGUCAGUAGACUCGUAGAACUGUUCCUCAAAGAGGAAGACAGAGACGGUAACGGUAAUGAGAGUAACGAGGAGAGCGAGGAAGAAAGAGAGAGAAGUCCCGGUAGAGCGUUGUACGAUAAAGCCGGUAAACUUCGCAGAAUGAAGCAUGAGAGAUCAAAAGGCAACGGUGACGGAUUAGGUCCGAAUCUUCGUAAUGUCAUUGUUCUCGGCAUGUUGAUGCUGCUGAUGAUGUUUACCGUGCACUGCACGUGGGUGACUAGUAAUGCUUAUUCUAGUCCAUCUAUUGUUUUGGCGUCCUACAGUAACGACGGUGGCAGGGCCAUAUUGGACGAUUUUCGAGAAGCUUACUAUUGGUUAGCACAAAACACCGCCAAUGACGCUAGAGUCAUGAGCUGGUGGGAUUACGGAUACCAGAUUGCUGGUAUGGCUAACAGAACUACCCUCGUGGACAAUAAUACAUGGAAUAAUUCGCACAUAGCUCUGGUCGGCAAAGCGAUGAGCUCGAACGAAAGUGCUGCUUACGAUAUUAUGACAUCCCUGGAUGUGGACUACGUGUUGAUCAUCUUUGGCGGGAUGAUUGGAUAUUCCGGUGACGAUAUCAACAAAUUCUUAUGGAUGGUCCGUAUCGCAGAGGGUGAACAUCCCCAGGACAUUCGCGAAAGUGAUUAUUUCACCGAAAGGGGGGAAUUUCGUGUGGAUUCUGAAGGUUCUCCAACUCUUUUGAACUCGCUAAUGUAUAAACUGAGUUAUUACCGGUUCGGGGACGUUAAAAUAGACUAUCGGUCGCCUUACGGAUAUGAUCGUACUCGUAAUGCGGAAAUAGGCAAUAAAAAUUUCCAGUUAACGUAUCUGGAAGAAGCUUACACUACUGAGCAUUGGCUUGUCAGGAUUUACAGGGUGAAGAAACCAGCGGAAUUUAAUAGACCAAUAAUUCCGAUCUCCGAGCGAGUUAUCACGCGUCGCGCGAAUUCGUAUGUUACUAAAAAGACUUCACGGCGUAAGCGAGGUGUCAUAAAAGGCCGGCCAGUUGUUAUUAAAGGGCAGAGACCUCAACGACGAACGACGUAACGAAGAUUCGCUGACUAUUUCAUAAACAGUUUGCAAAUACAACUUUUGUAAUAAAAGAAUUACCGUCCCUUGGGUCUACCACUAUACCUCGAACUAAGAAUUUAAUGUCAAAACAGUUCAACCGACUUGAAGAGUAGAAUAUUCCAAAAAUGAUAGUUUUCAUCAUCUCCAGAACAGGUUGACAGAUUAGUAGUUUUAUGAAAUAUUGUUUUCAAAAAUCUUUUCUCAUAAUGUUUGGCUCAUUGCACAUUGUUAUUCGUCCUUCAUUUAUUAUUCUUAUUGAAAAGUC